AUGAUGAUGGCACUAGCCGUCACCUUUGUCAAAGCAGAAUUGAAGGUCACUCAACCUACCUCUGAUCAUUGGUGGGUAGCACAAAGUCUAAAUACUUUAGCUUGGGAGGGAGACUCCCCUGAUCAGUUUUCAGUAUUCUUGAGUAACUCUGAUACGAAUGUGCUUACCUCCAUGCUUGCUCUCACUUCAAUCACAUACAGCUACGACAAAUCCAAAACUAUCAAUCCAGGUGGUAUCACACCUUCAGGUGGAUAUACUCUACUCUUGACUAAUCCACUCAACUCGUCCGAUGUAUAUGCCAAAUCCGAUAUUUUCGAAAUCAAAGCUGUAGGUUCAGCUUACCCUCCUCAAGAAACAGCUGCUUCACAAAGCGGAUCGUCGAGCGGUGCUGGGUCUUCCGGCUCUUCGGCAACUUCAAGUGGUGCUAGUGCAUCUGCGACUUCAAGCAAGGCUAAUGGUGCUGAGAAGAUGGAAGUCCGAUUUGGGUUUAUGGGUUUUUCGACUCUGAUGAUUGCAUUUAUGAUGCUGUGA